GUUCAAUCAAGCAAUCAUUUCGAACUGUCAGUUACUAUGCCGCGCUUUCAUACUUUUUUGUAGAUAAUAAACAUUGACAGUUUUAUGGAUUCUGAAGUCUUCUAUUAAUACAAGAUAUUUCUUUACGUUAUUGACAUUCACUUACAGUAUUCUUAAAAGUUUAAUGCAUAGAUGUCUGAUCUAAGCAAUUCAGAACAUCUUAAAUCAAAAUGUAUUGAGAAGAUUUUGAAAUUGAAAUUCAAAAACACCAACACAAGAAUGCAAAAUGAUGCUGUAAAACUAGUAACAGAAGUGGUACGGAUAUUCAUUACAGAGUGUGCUGCAAGAGCUGCCAUUCAAGCACAGAGUGAAUGCAUUGGUGAAAGUGAUAUAAUUCCUGAAGUGAAUAACCAGCAUUUAGAAAAAAUUCUACCUCAGUUGCUCCUUGACUUCUAGCUUAUUUGACCGGAGAAAGAAAAAAAAGAAUUUUGUUGAUAGUAAAGCUUCUUAAAAUGGAAACAAUUCUUGAAAAGUUACUAACUAAUUAAACUUGCAUCAAUCUAUGAUUACUAAAUAAAAAUAACAUUAUAUGAAUAAAAUACUCACAAACAAUAUGUCAGGAAUUUAUUUA